ACGCCACCCUCGAGCCAGCCGGCAGCAAGUGCGUAGGGUCGCUGCAGCUCGCUCUGUUGCUGUCGCUUCUCCUUGGCUCCAGCUGUCAACAGCAUUUGGGUCCCAUGUCGCGCCGGGCCCUCCGGAGGCUGAGGGGAAAACAGCGCGGCCAGGAGCCCCUUGGCCCCGGAGCCCUGCAGUUUGUCCUCCGUGAAGAUGAUGACGCAGAAGAAGAGGGGCCAAAACAGGAACCGGCGGGCCGCCGCCCCCGGGGCGGGGGGAAGGAGGACGUCCGCGUCAACAACCGCUUCGAGCUGAUCAACCCUGAAGAACCUGAGGAGGAGCCCGGGGUCGGUGGGGACAAGUCAGAGGGCAGUGCAUCUGCAGACUCGGCAGGUGCAGGGAGCCAAGGUCGAGCCAAGCCUGGGACCACAGAGACCAAGACAGACAGCGAGGGUGGCGACAGGGCAGCAGCCCCCGAGCAGCCUGCAUCCAGUGGCAAAGGCCGAAAGAAGAAGAGGAGGCCGAGGAGCAAGAAGAGUGCGGCAGCGGCGGCAGCGGCAGCGGCGGCAGCGGCAGCAGCGGCAGAGGCUCCGGGGAAUGGGCAGGAAGACAUCAACGAAGCCCAGGAAGGGAUGGAGGACAACAGCGGGCAGGCCCAGGCCAGCCCCCCACCCCAAGGCUCUCGGAGGAACUCGAUGCACGUGGAACACAGACACUUGAAUCCAGACACAGAACUGAGGAGGUACUUCGGUGCUCGAGCAAUCCAGGGGGAUCAAAGGUCUCGGCAGAGACAGCGCUCAUACAUCAAGUCCAUGUGGCUGACGAACCCCAAGAGCACCUGGCCUCGGUACACCAAACCAGGGCUCUCGAUGCGGCUGCUGGAGACAAGGAAGGGGCGCUCCCUAUUUGCCUUUGAGCACAACGAGGAGUACCAGCAGGUGCAGCACCGGUUCCUGGCUGCCGUGGACUCCAUGGAGCCCAACAACAUCGUGGUCCUGCUCCAGACAAGCCCCUACCACGUGGACUCACUCCUGCAACUCAGCGAUGCCUGCCGGCUCCAGGAGGACCAGGAGACGGCCAGAGACCUCAUAGAGCGGGCGCUGUACAGCAUGGAGUGCGCCUUCCACCCCAUGUUCAGCCUGACCAACGGGAGUGCCCGGCUGGAUUACCGCAGGCCCGAGAACAGGAGCUUCUUCCUGGCACUCUACAAGCAGAUGAUGUUCCUCGAGAAGCGGGGCUGCCCACGCACGGCCCUGGAGUACUGCAAGCUCAUCCUGAGCCUGGAGCCCAACGAGGACCCCCUGUGCAUGCUGCUGAUGGUGGAUCACCUGGCGCUGCGGGCCCGCAGCUAUGAGGACCUGACCUGCCUCUACAUGGACUGGGAGGUGCACCGGAACCUGUCGCAGCUUCCUAACUUUGCCUACUCUGUGCCACUGGCCUACUUCCUGCUGAGUCAGCAGACGAACCGCUCCUCCUAUGAGAUUGCCAUUGCCAGGGAGAAGGCCUCUUUCCUGAUCCGGCAGGCACUCAUCAUGUUCCCUGCAGUCCUCCUGCCACUGCUCGAGUACUGCGGCGUGCGGCCCGAUGCCGCCGUUGCCAAUCACCCCUUCUUUGGACCCAACGCCCAGAUCAGCCAAUCGCCGGCGAUGUCCCAGCUGGUAACCCUGUAUCUUGGGAGGUCGCACUCCCUUUGGAAAGACUCCACCAUCAUGGCCUGGCUGGAAAAGAACGUCCGCGAGGUGGUGCGGGCAGUGAAUGCCAGGGACCCCAUCGUGCGCACCUACGAGAGCAGGCGCAGGGUGCUCUACCAGCGUGCUCCCCGGAACAUCCACCGCCAUGUCAUCCUCUCCGAGAUCAAGGAGGCCAUCGCCACGCUGCCCCCGGAGGUGACUGCAGAGGCUGUGAUGAGCUAUGACCCUCUGCCUCCCGCAGACAGUAUCCACUCCUACGUCAGACCUGAGAGGCAGACUCCCGCCGGCCAGACAAACACGGUGGCCCUCUUCUUCCGAUCUCUGUUGCCAAACUACAACACUGAGGAAGACAGGCUUCAGGAGCAGCGGCUUGGAGGAGGAGGAGGAGACGACGGUAGUGGCGGCACAGCUGAUAGCCUGGACCGAGUCCAGGGCCUGAACAGGCUGAUGGUGGCCGUGCGUGAAAUGAUGGCCAACUUCCAGUUCAAUGACCUGGACAUGCCUCGCCAGGAGAACCGGGAGAAUUCCCAGGGCCAGGGCCAGGCCGAGGGUGAUGGGGACGAGGAGUGGGACUGAGUGCACAGUGCCCUAUUCCCUCACCUUGCCAUCAUGUCCCUGACUUCUGUUCUGGCUGGUAAGCCAGUCCCCAAAGCAGGAAGCUGCUUCUCCUACCCCUUCUGUGAAUGUCCAUGAUCUCCUGACCCAUGACUAUCAGUGGUCUCCUGCCCCAUAAAUGUUGAUGAUCUCCCACCCUAUAAAUAUUGGUGGUCUCCUACCCCUGUGACUAUCCCUGGUCUCCUGCUCUGUAACUGUUGGUGAUCUCCCACCUUAUAAAUGUUGGUGGCUUCCCAACCCUAUAAAUGUUGAUGGUCACCCGUCCUGUAAAUGUUGAUGGUCCCCCACCCCUGUGACUAUCACUGGUCUCCUGCCCUAUAAUUGUUUAUGGUCUCCCACCCUAUAAAUGUUGAUGGUCCCCCGCCACGUGACUAUCACUGGUCUCCUGCCCUAUAAAUGUUGAUGGUUUCCCACCCUAUAUGUGUUGAGAGUCUCCCGCCCCUGUACUAUCACUAGUCACCCGCCCUAUAAAUGUUGGUGGCUCUUGUCUGGUAAAUGUCAGUAUUCUCCUGCCCUAUAAAUGUCAGUAUCCUUGC